GAAAAGUAUGAGGAGCUGUUUAUUGGGGAAAAUCCAUCCUUCCUACCGACAGAUGGUUCUGCUCAGAUCAUUGAGGUCAAACCUCAGGUGACUCUCAAAAACGUGGUCAACAAGGAGGCCUCUCAGGUGUCGAAGACCGGUCCCAAAGGAAUGAUCAUCAGAGGAAUGACUUUUUAUAAAUCUGAGCCAGAUCCGAUGGUGGCCGAUGACGGAGAGCCUGGAGAGAACUUUUUUGAGUAUCAUGGAUUCAGUGGUGAUGGCCCAGUUAACCUCUUCAUUGAGGAGAAUCUUCUACAACACAGAGCCCCUCGCCCCAGGAUGAGAGCAGGACCGAGAUCAUUUCGACCAAAGACGACUUUUUACAGCUCCAUGAAGACCAGCCAAUCAACAGAAAGGAAAGAAGCUGAGCCCGCCUCAGAGACGCAUAAUGAGUUCAUCAGUGCUGUUGGAACCACAUCAGUGGAUGUGUCUACAGAUGUACAGGGCGAUGCAUCCACAAUGAGAAGCGUCACAUUUGGACCAUCCUCUACCACACAAAAAAACAUCACAGACACCCCACCUCAGACUACUCAAAGAGUCUCUGCUGUGACGACUCAGCGGCCGACCCCUUUCACAAUGACUGAACCAGUGGACACUUCUGUAAGCAUCACAACCAAAACUUCAAUGAACACGACCCAACUGUCCAAAAAUACAACCACAAAAGACGUCCCACCAGCAUUCACAACAGGAACUACACCAACCACCAUGAUGGAAACCUCUGCCCAGGAGGUGAACGCCCAAAUGCAAACCAUACCUAGCACCGCAGCACAUUCAAGCACCCAUGCACCAAACCCAACCACAGAGGCUUUAACUACCAGUCCGACUUCCACUACGACCGUCACGACUCAUGCUGCUGUGACCUCAGCACCAGUACAGCCAACAACAGCUUCCACACCAGUUACCUCCACGCAGGCUGCUACCACAACACCAGAAAAAGAAACCACCUACACUUCAGGCUCGACUUUACCUCCUACCACACAGAGAGUGACCACUUUGUCUCCCCACACUUCUCCACCUUUCACCACACCUGUGACUACCUCUUCUUCAGCUGCCACCACCACCACAACAACAAUCACUACCACCACCACUACAACCACGACUACCAGGCCAGCUACUCGAAUCAAAAAGAAAUACAAAAUCGUCUGGGAGGAGGAAGAGGGGGAGGAGGGAGACCCAGAGUUAGACGAGCCAAUGCAGAGGCAGGAGGAAUUUCUCCCAAAAAAACCUGGAGAGUGUAAGGACACUUUGGCAACAAUCUCAGAGCCCAUAACUCACAACACCUAUGGCAAGAACGAGGGAGCGUGGAUGAAGGAUCCAAAGUCUGAUAAUGACAAAAUUUAUGUCACUAACUCCUACUACGGAAAUAACCUCCUAGAGUUCCGCAACCUGGAGGUUUUCAAACAAGGCCGGUUCACCAACUCAUACAAGCUUCCAUACAACUGGAUCGGCACAGGCCAUGUGGUGUACGAUGGGGCUUUCUUCUACAACCGCGCCCUCUCCCGGGACAUCAUCAAGUUUGACCUGCGUCGGCGUUACGUGGCAGCCUGGACCAUGCUGCACGACGCUCUGCUUGAAGAGUCAUCGUCACUGUGGGAGUGGCGCAGACACUCAGAGGUCGACUUUGCCGUAGACGAGAGCGGCCUGUGGAUCAUCUACCCGGCACUGGACGAUGAGGGCUUCUUACAGGAAGUGGUUGUUCUGAGUCGACUGAACCCUUCAGACCUCAGCAUGCAGAGGGAGACCACCUGGAGAACCGGGCUCAGGAGGAACCACUAUGGGAACUGCUUCGUUGUGUGCGGCGUCCUGUACGCUGUUGACAGCUACAACAAAAGGGACGCUAACCUGGAAUAUGCCUUUGACACACACACAAACACUCAGAUGAUUCCCAGGAUGCCUUUCACCAACAACUACACCUACACCACGCAGAUUGACUACAAUCCCAAAGAGGGGAUUUUGUAUGCGUGGGACAACGGACACCAAGUCACAUACAACAUUAAGUUUGCCUAUGUAGACCCUUAGUAAGGGUUUGAUAGUAGUUAUUUUAAAAAGUUAAAUCUAUGGUUUGAAUGGAUUGUAGAUCAGUCCACAUGGCCUUCAGUGUGGAGACAAAUGGGGGCCAAAUGUACAAAUAUACUAAAUGUAUUGUGACUAAAUUGUUUGGUUCUUAUCAAGAAUUUUUAAAUUUUUAUAAAAGAAAUAAUGAGCCUGAUUCCUCAGUCAACACAUCAAGUUGUACUGUAUAUAUUGCAAUACUGAAGGGAAAAAAAAAAAAAAAAAAACC